AUGCACACAGUGCAAAAAGACACAACCUUAACUAAAAUCUUUGUGGGUGGUCUACCUUAUCACACUACGGACUCAUCCCUUAGGAAAUAUUUCGAGGUAUUUGGGGACAUCGACGAAGCGGUGGUCAUUACGGACAGACAGACUGGCAAGUCUAGGGGCUAUGGAUUUGUAAGUAUCUGAAAACCAGAAAAAAAAAGGAUUGAAAAACCUAUUGUACAGCGCUGCGGACCUUGUUGGUGCUUUAUAAAUAAUAAUAAUUCCUCACUUUGUUGACUUGUCCUCAGUUUUUAAUUUUCUCGCAGUUACGGGAGUUGCAAUCCUACAGCUAUAACCGUACAUGUUGAGCGUACAAAUAUCUGUACAAGAAUUUUACAACAAACUCACUUUUACUAUAUAAGCCCAAAGGCUGAGAAUGUUCUGAACUCUCUGUGGCAGAUAAUUGUUUAUUUGUUUAAUCAAUUGUGUUUGGAUGCAUAGUCCAUUGUGUCAAUGUUUAUAUUUGCAGUAACAUUGUCUAUGUUGGUUAUUUAAAAAGCUCAAGUAUUGCACAGAUAUUUGCUGAGCAGGCCCCUCUGGCUAAACAAGAAUUAGAUCAUUGCUAUUUUUAAAGUUCUAAUUUUUUUUUUUGGACAUUCCCAAAGUUUAAAGUCCAAAUCUCCCCCUAAGGGAUUGUACUAGAAGCCUUCCCCAGCAGUUUGGCAGUUUGCUUAUUGAAGAGCCUGUGUUGUGAGUGCAUACAAACGUUUGUUUGAAAAAUAAACAUGUUUUUGGUUGAUCAUAUCAUUGGCAGCACUGCAGGUCUGUGUGUGUGUGUGUCUGUGUGUGUGUGUGUGUGUGUGUGUCUGUGUGUGUGUGUGUGUGUGUGUGGGUGUCUCAGAAUUAUAAAAUGUUCAGAUGUGGUUUAGACUUAGAGGAACAGGUGGAGAACCUCUCCCUGUGUUUUAUUCCUCUUGUUUUUGCUCUGAAAUCAGAAAGAAAAGUUGAAUUAAUGACGAAUUGUAACCCUUUUCUCCCCAAUCAUAGUAUUAACAACAAAUUGCUAAUAAAUCCCCGAUGUGCUUCAAACGUAUGUUCGUAUACUGCCAAGGAACAAGACGGGGAUACUGUCAGACUUCAGUCGCCUCAGUUUUCUCCCUUGUGACCCCCUCCCCCACUUAUUACAAAAUAUAUGUUUGACAGACUGUUAUCCAAGUCUGGGGUCUUGAAAUCCAUAAUUUAUUGAGCACAUAAAUGUAGUGGCGUUCAGACAUUUUAUAGGAAGUAAUCGAAUUUAAAGGGUAUCUAUUUUUUUUUUUUUCAUAUUUGCCGAGAGAGAGAGAGAGAGAGAGAGAGAGAGAGAGAGUUUUUUUUGUUUAAAUUUCAGGGACCCCUGAAAUCCAGUCCUAAAAUGUAAUUCAUGUGUGGGGGUGGGGGGGGUUGGUUCCCCCCCACUCUCUUUUUUUUUUUCUUUAAGUGUUUUGAGCAAUGAAGUGUUGAAAUGUUCCGUAAUAAAGUGAAUAGCUAAUUGUAAGGAUUUAAUGUGUUUCCUGUUGGGUGAUUGGUUGAAUAUCCAGGAAGUUUACUGUCCAGUGUCAUGGAAACUCAGGCUCGAAGAAAGAUGAAUUCCAAGGCUUUAUAUCUUGAGAAUCGCAGAGUUUGGAUCACUUUAUGUAUGUUCUGCUCUGAGUGGGUGGACGUUCCUUUAAUUUAUAAUCUCGUCUGUCCAUUACUGUCUCUUUAAAGAAGUAGGUGAUCUUCAUUAAACAACAACGUACUGCGAGAAUUCACCCACACAAAAAAAUAAAUGUAACUGUUUGAUGUUUUGUACGGUGAUAAUAUUUCGGCCUAAUUUUUUCUUGGUUUCCAACAUCUCACAGUAUAGAGAAUUAAAUCCAAGUGGUUCGGAUUAAAAAUAGAUUGUAAUGCAUCCGGUGAUAUUUUGUGCCAAUUUAUUCUCCGUGCCCACCUUGGCAGGGAGCUCAUUUUACUCCGUAUAGCACUGGUUAAAGUUUGCCAAUAAAUGCAUAGAUGCUCUUUGCAAACAUCCCAUAUGGAUUUAUAGUCUAUAAAGAUCUGCUUCUAGAUUUAUAGAAUCUCCAUAUUAAGGAGGGAUAAAAUGGAACUCGUUACUUAAAAUAUAUCUUAAAUUAUGAUAUAAAAUCGUAGUGACUCUGCAGUACAGCUACUUAAUAAUAAUAAUAAUAAUAAUAAUAAAUCACUUUCCCACCCUCUUAUUAGCGUCUUCUUUUUGGCCAUUCCUACGUACUAGCUUCAAAAGUGACAAGUGCUUGAUUAUGUAUUUUUUUGCUCCUUGGCAAUCUUAUUCUAUUGUUAUUUUGUUUAAUGUUUGGUGAUCGAAGUCUGAUUAUAAACUGCUUUGUAAAAGUCCACACUCCCAUGGAGUGCAGCAUACAAACCGUACUUAGAAAUGUUUGUUAUCGUUUUCCACUAACUAGCGAAAGUUAUCAUGGGUCAUUUCUGUAUUGUGGCGCAAAAACAACGUCCAAUUUGUAAGGUAGGCAAUCCUCGUAGCUGUGUUUUAUCCAGGGAAUUAUUUCCCACCAAAAAAGUCCACGCCUCUCCAUUUGUAUGGAACAGAUUCCCUAGCUUCUGGUCCUCUAGCGGCCGGACGUUUAAUGUCCAUCACGUAUUGGAUGCGCUAACUGUAGAUACACAUUGAACUCUUAUUCUUUUCUGCCGCAGGUGACAAUGUCCGACAGAGCAGCGGCUGACCGAGCCUGCAAAGACCCAAACCCCAUCAUCGAUGGUCGCAAAGCAAAUGUCAACCUUGCUUACCUGGGAGCCAAGCCAAGAAAUCUCCAAAGUGGUAAGUGGCCAUUUCUUCUUCACCACCAUUAACAUUCUUCCACCUUGCAGGUGGUUUUAGUUCCUAAGUAGAUACAGAGUGGAGACCUGAAUGUGUCUAGACGUGACUCUCUGUUUAAUAUCCGUAUACAAAGAGUCUCAAACCAGAGAGUUACAUCGUCCUCCGGCUUCCGAUAUGUAAAUUAAAUGAUUCACAAACUCUGUACGAGCCUCAUGCCUUAUUCAGUCACCAUAUAUGGGGACCUGUCAACGUUUUGACCUUAUUUGCCUUUCAUUAAUGCUAUCUAUAAACACCUUAAAGUGUGGCUUCAUUAUAAAUUUUAAAAAUAUUUUUAUUUUAAUUUUUUUGCUCAUCUAACUCAUUAAUGGGUUAGCACCUUUCCAUUUUUAAAAUUUUUUUUUAACCAAAGGCCACUUGUUAAUGGAAAAUUUGUAUUAAUUGCAACCAUAAUGUGUCAGAUGAUGUAAUCCUAUUGGGUAUGACUAUGCUAAAUGGCACACACUACAUGUACACAAUGUAUAUUGAGAACAGGUAACCAAUGCUUACUUUGGAUAUCCUUAUCUAUAAUCUGCGUUAUGUGCACUUUAUAAUGAGGUCAUCUGUAAAAUAGGUCUGCUGACCUGCUAUAAGAUAUUUUGUGCGUGAUGGUAAAUGUAUCUAAAGCGGAUCUUUUUGCUGUAUUUCUCACAAAACUAAAAAUCAACAAAGCAGAACAGCCAGACCCUAUCUUAAAGGGGCUUUGUCGUGCCAAGUCCUGGGCUAACAGGUUAGCAGAUGGCAUUGCUUGUCCACCACUCAGCAUCUCAGCUGCCCCAAAAACAAAGCAUUCUGGGAUAGAUUGCAGAAAUUACACUUACAUACAGCGUAGCAGAUCGCUACAGUGGCAUUUUAACUGUGUUCUUGGUAAAAGUUUAUUAUUAAGUAAUGUGUUUUUUUUUUUGUUUUUUUUAAUUAUCUGCCCUUUCGAUGCGCUGCUCAUACCCAUUACCGUGCCUAGACUAACUGAAGUCUUAUCUUACACACAAUCAUUAAAUGAAUUCCCUCUGUCCAUGUUUUUUUUUGUAGGUUUUACCAUUGGUGUUCAACAGUUACAUCCAGCCUUCAUUCAGAGACCAUAUGGGUAAGUUUCAAACAUUGCUAUGAAGGUCUAUCAGGGUUAGUCACUACACUGGAACUGACCAGGGAAUUGCAAGCUCUUAGGCCGACAUAGAAGAAUGAACAAAAGGAAAUGAAAAAUUCUCCAGCUUUGCUGUCUGUCCAAUUCUGCUAUUUAAUAAUACAAUCAAACUAGUUGUUUUUUUUUUUUCAAUAAAAUAUGAAUUCAAAUUUUAAAGCUAAAAUAGCUGGAUUCAAAAUAUUCUCAGUCUAUGAUUUAAUUCUGGAUAAUUUAGAGUUGAUUUCUUAUUUUUUAUUUUCUUUGAAUUCACAGCUUAUUGAAUAACCCUGAAAGUUUCUGCAUUGAGAUUGCCCUUUGUUAUUACCCAACUUAAUGAUUCCUCUUUUAUUGACCUUGGAAGGAUACAAGGCUGUGAAUCUAACAGUUGUUAAUUUUUCCUGUUUUGGAAACCUAUCCACUGAGCCAUCUCGCCGGCUAUAGAAAUUCCAAUUCCCAGGUCACUUCCCAGUUUUUGUAAAUAACCCUGCUUCUAUAUAAUUGUAUAAUCUUAUAGAUGACUAUAGGGUUUUCUUACUACAUUGGUCUAAAAUGAUGAUUAUUUGAUUAAUUCACAAAGUAAUUGGGACAAUAAAACUCUUCUUGUUGGUGUCUGUGUUUUUAUUUUUUUUAUAUCAUCCUAUACCAAAUUAUAUUUCUCAUGAUGUUUUGAUGUCUGCGGCUUUGUGUGCAUGUAUUUUAUUUAGUUAUUUUGUAUCAACAUUCUUGUAUCCGCGUUGCUUCUCGAUGCUGUUGGCCUUCCAGUGCCUGGAGUCUGAUGUCUUUAGGAUUCUUCCAGCUCUCAUCCCAGCUGAAUAUGGCGCGUGUUAGUCUGAACCUGUUGUGGAGGCUGGUACUUCGGAUCUUGCGAUUACUAGCUUGUUAGGAGCCGUUGAAACAGACUAGACAGAUGUUCUGCGAGGCCUCUCGCUGCCUGCUAUAGUAGGCUAUUGUCUGGCCCUUUUCAAUGGCUUAUCCCCCCUCCUUUUAUCCCUGUCUCUCUACCACACUACAAAAAAAAAGGGCUCUAAUUGGACCUAGCAGCUGUUCUAGAAAGCACGGGCGAGUCCGAAUCACAAUAGCUGCCAAAACAAUGCCUACGUUUAACUCCCUGGGGCACGGCUUACUUUGCACAUAACCUUGCAAGCCAUCUAAUGGCUCGCCGGCCUCUCCGGCAGCUACACGGUUAAAGGUGCUGUCAGACAAACCAAGGAUAGAGCCAGCUGUUACUGUGUUUAUAACUUUAUUUAUGAAGCACCCAGUGAGCUGAUCUUUUUACAAAAGAAACAUUCAGGGGAUUGAGACGGUAUAAAGCAAAACUUCAUUUAUGCAGUAAAUGACAAUGGUAGGCAGUAUCUGGGCUGAGGAGCUUGCAAUCUGUAAUACAGGCUUAGCUUACUAGAGCCACUUGUGAUUUAAACAUUUAACCUCAAUACAUCACGUACUAAAAGAAAUUAGUAAGUAUUGUAAAUUUUACUCCAGAACCCCUUUUUUUUUUUUCUGUGAAUCUUAAAUUUAUUCCUUUUGCCUUUAUAAAACCUCCUAAUUUUCUGUAGGUUAGAUGUCCACCCCCCCAAAUGGAUUUAUUACCUAAAUAAAGUGAUUUCUUGAGAUUUAAAAAACUGGAUUGUGAUUAUUUAAAACAAAAUUCAAUUAUUAGGGAAAUAUAGCUGAAUGGAUUCCCCCCCUACCCCCACCCCCCCCUUGCAUUUUCACAACUUCGGCAAUUCCAUAUAUUAAUUCACCACAAUUGCCAUUUUAUUGAAUAACCCAAAGGCUGUAGAAGACCUAAAAUAUGUCAGACAGGGAAGUAGUCUGCAAAAUUAACAUUUAUUUAUUUAUUUUGGUUUCCCGGCAAGUCUCGAAUAUGAUCUGUACACUAUUCUCUCUCUGUCCCUAUACCACAUUUUGUUUUAAUAUCAAACACUUGUCUUGUUACCAUAACAGCAUAGAUCAGAUAAGCACUGUGUAUACUGUGCCCCUUUGGAGAGGUGAGUGUGUUUUGUGUUUUUAAUGACUGUAAAUGUCUGACCCCAGGUCAAGGGAAGAGCUGAUAUAUUAGGAUUUAUACAGAGUCACUCGUCCAGCAUCCUGGAGAUUUAAACAGCCCAUUGAGCGUAUUGCUACUGUACCAUCUAAUCUGUUCUUGGAUCCAAAUACUCCUCUUUUGAGACCUGGAAAUAAAAUGCUUUUUGUAAUGGAAAUCGUUAACUCCUUAAGUACUUUAACCCCUUUAUGUCAAGGGGUCUGGCAAAAGAAGAAUUAACCAAUUUGAUGCUGUAGGAUAAAGUGGGCCCUCAGCUGGCUGCCUAGUUCCUCCUUUGUUCAUUAUAAUAUGGGGGUACAGUUCUGUACCCCAAACCUUUGUACUAGUAAAACAGAUUUAUGUCUGCAAAUAUUUAUAGCCGUUAAAGUUUUGCGGUUAUAGCCCCCCAUAUAAAUACGUGCUGGGCCUUGAAGAAUCUGCAAAAAAAACUCCCCACAUCAGCCAGCGUUGCUUUGUUUUUUUUUUUUUUGUUUUUUUUUAUACAUUUUGUAAAAAAUGUUAUUUACAUGAAAUCUAAAAAAAACAACACACAUGGUAUAAAAGCAAAUUUUUAGAGUUUUUAUUAUGCACCGAGGUGGUUAGAAAGUUUUUACAUUUUAUUAAUUUUUAUUUUUUGUAAUUAUUUUACAAUUUUUUUUAAAUUUUUUUUAAAUAUAUAUUUUUUAUAGAAGAUGUUUUGAUGGGAACAGUAAGAACAUAUCCAUUUUUAUUACACGUUUCUUUGGAGUGUUUGUCCUUCAAGUCUCCACAUUGAGUUAGAUUUAAAAUGCAGAUGUGACUUUUGUUUUAAAUCCACCCCACCCCUGCCCUCCUCCCCCAAUUCCCUCCUCCUAUUCCCUCCUUUCCUGGUGCCGAAUAUUUAAUGUAAAUUCUGACUAAACACAGGCUUGCUAAAUACACCCUUCUCCCCUUGCAGUGAAGGCUUUUGUUCCUUUGUGUGUUGGUAAAUAAAUGUCAGAUUAUUUUUAAAUAAGUUACUUAUUCUCCAUGAAUUCCCCCCCACCUUCUCUGCUCCCUCCCGGUCGACAAUCCUUUUCUAAUAGACUAUCUGGGCUCUGCAGAGCUGGGACUGUUAUCUCUCAGCCAAUUGUCUGCCAGGACUAUACUGAUUAUCAUACAGAUGUAUCCACACCCAACUGGGGGUGAAGGGAAGGGGGGCGUAGCAUGUAGUGCCUAUCACAACAAAUUGCUGGGGAUCUCCGGUCAUUUGCUCUGUGGCCUGUGAUGUGUAAAUGAGAGUUUAUCUCCAGCUCUCUCUCAUGUCUGUAUGUCAGCUGGCUCCCCAAUCUACCAGGCCACUGUUUCCACAACUACAAGUGACAAAUUUGCAUUUCACAAGCCCUCAAAUCUAUCACCCUGUGUGAGGUAAGGAUAUCACACUGAUAGGUGAUAUUUUACACCUAUGGACUUUUCAAAUUUCCUGUUGAUUUUUAGUGAGGCCACAUCUCUCUCUCUCUCUGUGUGUGUGUGUGUGUGUGUGUGUGUGUGUGUCUCUGGACAUGUAGCAAUUUUGAUAUUCAGUUGGGUAUUGAAUGAAAAGGGAUGCAUAAAAAUACAAUUCAUAUCUUGCAAGCGAAAUACAUAAACAAAUCAGUCAACUGCGUUGGGCCACUGUAAGCUUUUAACCUCUAGAAAUGGAGUCUGAGUAGUUUAUACAGCCAACCUCAAAUUAAUAUCGAACUGCUUGAUCUAAAUACAGGCAUACCCACUUUUAAGUACACAAUAGGACCAGAGCAUGUAAAUGUAAAACAAAAAUGUACUUUAAGUGAAGCAAUACCUUUAUUCACUUCCCAAUGCAUGUACUGCAUUGCAAUGAGAAGUAAUUACAGGCAUAACUAGUAUGUGGUGCUAAGGAAUUGGUAUAACCCGAGGGGCGAACGGUGUGCAGCACCUACAUUCAGCACCUCCACACUCUGCAUGAGCUGUAGAUAUUCCCCACAUGGAGAUACAUUGAUUCACUGCAUCUCUAUGAGGAGAUGCUGAUUGGUCAGUAGCAUUUUGCAGCCAAUCCUAUGGCAAACAUUGGAUUGUGAGAUCGCUUGAUGAUCUCAGAUAUAGAAGGAAGGAGCCAGUCAGGAAACCCAGCGGCGUGGGGAAAAAAAGGUGAGUUAAAACACUUUAUUCCUUGCCAAAGGAAGGGGUUCAGGUAACCUAGACUUACCUGCGCAUACACCAUGACGAACACUGUACACAUACAGAGCAGACUGCAAACAGACAGGCAGACACACACACAUACCAUGACAUAGACACACCAUGACUCUCACAUUAUUGCUAUAUGUGGGGUCAGUGGUGUUUCGGUCAGGGGAUUGUGUGCAGGCAGGUGGCAUGCUGGGUGGUGGAGUGCCUUGGGGUGGCGUCUGGCUGCAGAAUAGGGAGCUGUGCGGUCUCUGCUCUGCUCCCCAGCUGGCCCAGCAAUGAAACUGGGCGGGGAGCAGGCAUAGACUGCUGGAGUCUCCCUGGUCCUGCCAGCACACCAGCUGUCUGUCUGGCCCCAAGUGCCAUUAUUACAGGAAAUUUCCAGUAUCCUGGUGGGCAUAACUGAUAUAAUCACUGUAAUGCAUUUGUAACUAAAAUAAACACAAUAUUACAAGAAAAUUGUAAGCUUACCCCUAUUUGAUUGUUGUCAUUAAGGCCAGGGCAGCCUAGAGAAUUUAUUGUAGUAGGAGGAUGAAGGCAUACGGUGUCUUUGUUUCCCCAAAUUAAGUCUUCUAGGCAGAAAUAAUUUUCUUGCUGGCAAAUUGGGUGUUCUACAAGUAGCAAUCACAGUAGGAGCAGGAUGUGGUGCUGAUGUCAGAGCUGGAAAUGGACUGUUAGUUGAUGAUGAUCUGGGAUCAAAAUGACGGUCAGUCAAUGUUGACGAUCUGUGUGUUGAUGGACUUAGAGAAAAGUGUCUAUGGAGGUUUGAAGUGCAGCUCUCUUCUUUUCCCUGUAAAUUUCUUUGUAACAGGCAUGAGCCCCUGAAAUGUUAGCAUUGACUUUGGAACUUCAUUCAAAAUCCCUUUUAAUGCUUUUUAAAAAGAGCCAUGGCGCUAUCAAGAUAACGGAAAGCUUCAAAGAGAAUUUUUGUAGUUAAGCCUUCCGGCUGUUCCAUGAUCUCAACCCCAUCCUGCACAUCUUCUCUCUCCUCUUCAAUUUCUAGAAGAUCUUCAUUGCUGAGGGGCUCAGUAUGGGACGCAAGCAGUUCAGCAACAUCUUCUGGCUCCACUUCCAGCUCUAACUGCCUUUGCCAUCUCUACAAUCUUUUCAGUAACAUUAGCUACAUCAUCUUCAAAGCCUUAGGAAUAAUCAACUAACUCUGGGCAUAAUUUUUUCCAGGCCCUUUUCAUUGUGGUUUCCUUUGUCAUUCCAAGCAUCUCUUUUGGAUAGGACUUCGUUACCUGCUCCUUCUUCUUUGACUAUUGCUGCAAUACACUUACUGAAUGUUCUCUUUAAGUAGACCAACUUGAAGGCGGGUAUGACACCUUGAUCCAUGGGCUGCAGUAGUGAGGUGGUAUUUGUUGGUAGUAAUUGCCCUUGAAUGUUGGGGUUCAGCUCAUGUAGCGUUCAAGGGUGUCCAGGGGCAUUAUUGACAAGCAGCAAAAUGUGUAAAGGUAUAUUGUUGUCCUUGCAAUAGGCUUUCACCUCUGGAACAAAGCGGGCGUGAAACCAGUCUUCAGAAAGGGCUGCAGUUACCCAUGCUUUUCUGUUAGCUCUCCAAUGCACUGGAAGUCUAGUUUUAAUGUAGUUCUUCAAAGCUCUCGGAUUUUCCCAUCAGUAAAUUAGCAAAGUCUAGGUACCAGGUAUAGGUUUAGGUGUCUGCAGCAGCUGCCUCUCCUUGUACUCUAAUAUUAUAAAGGGUAGACCUUUUCUUGAACCUAUCAAACCAUCUAUGGCUUGCAGAAAAUUCUGCAUCCUUUGCUGCCUCACCUUCCUUAGCCUUCAGGAAAUUGAAUAGGCUUAAGGCUUUAAUUUGUACCAUUGCCUGGUUGACAGGAACAUGGCGUGUAGUCUGAUUUUCUAUCCAAAGUAUUAAGAGUCUCUCCAUGUCUGCAACAAUGCUAUUCCUUUUUUGAAUUUUUGUGUUAACGGGUGUAGCACUCUUAAUUUCUGCCAGAAUUUUUUCAUGAUGGAGUUAACUGUAGUCCGAGUGAAGCCUAGCCGUCGGCCUAUCUCAGCUUGAAUUACACCAUCAUACAAUUUAAUCAUUUUAGCCUUCAUAUCCAAGGUAAUAGAUUUACGGCUUUUUUUUGUAUCAGCCAUUAUUGACGUACAGUACAUAAUGGGUCCCUGUAUACCUGUACCAAUCAAAAGAACAAAUAGAAGUUCCUAAAAUAUGUACUGUAACUGUAUUUCAAAAUUAUCCCUAAAUUAUUAGGCUUCAAUUCACAGACUUGUACAUUUUUACUAUUUCAGAGGGCCAGGGGCUGUAGUGGGGGGCUGGGAGGGAGGGUCAGAGCCUAUAGUGAGGGGAGCCAUGGGCUGUAAUUAUAGGGGUCAGGGGGACGCUAGUAUUCUUGGGGGUGGGGGCCAGGGGCUGUAGUGGGGGGGUCAGGGUGUGAAGGAAAAAUAGGUUUCACCAAAUACUGUACAGUAAAAUGUACAGGUAAUACACUUACGUUUAUGCAGGUUUUUGGGUGGUGGGCGACUCAGAACUGGCUGGCGGACAGCCUCUUCACUGGCAGCAACUCUGGGCAUCAGCUCUGCCUCUUCAGAGUCUCUGCACAGCGUGGGAAUGUCUGUACUCGCGAGGCACUUUACGUACACUCGUGAAUGUACAUAAAGUGAGGGUACGUAAAGCGGGGUACUUUGAGAGACCGUCCCCUUCUCAACCGCAUUGAUAACGAAGAAUUAACACCUCCGUAUUAUCGGUCAGAUUUGUUUAAUGCACACCGGAUGAUCUUGUGUCUAAAUUGACCUAGAUAUUGCAGCAGUGUUAAUUCCACCUUACUUAUGUGGCCAAGGAGCCAGGAACUGUCACCGUUUAUAUUAAACCAUUUGUAAACUGAUUCAUAUUAAACCAAGGGAACUGUACGCAACAUAACUCCUGCAGUCAGCUGUAGGCUGCCCCUUUAGUUAUGGUUUUCCUUUCUGUAGCAUAUGAAUGCUAUAUACUGCAGGAUGAACCUUUUUUUUUAUGUGCUGUCAAUCAGCAACAAAUGAAGUAAUUAAUGCACAGGAUAACCUGGCACGCAUGUGCGGAGGUAGUGUUAAGAUGUUUUCCUGGAAACUUACAAUUUGUAUAUUUUUACGAGUGGUACAUCUCUGCCGUAUGGAGAAUUCAAAUGCAGGUUGAAUGUGAAGUCAUUAAAGGUCCACUGCCACAGGCUGUUGUUUGUGGUGCUUGGAGAGCUCAGGUGCAAAUUAACUCCAUGUUUGGAUGGGAAUCGCUACUUCCCAACAAGAAAAUGUGAUACAAUUCUCUGGGAACCGGACAUGGCAACCAAUCAAACAGUCAGGAGCAUUUUAAUAGUUUCCAUGGCAACCACCGCAAUCUGAUAAAUUUAACAGGGCUAGUGACCAGAUUAUAAUGGACAGCAUUGGGUCUGUCUCGUAUAACGCAAUGCCCUUGGUUUGAAAUGUGUGCUGCCUGUAUAUCUGACUGUUUCUGUAUCAGAACUCCAUAUCAGGGAACACUGUAGUGGUUAUUGUGGUUUUCUCAGAAAACUCAAAUCACCUUACUAAUUUACACUAUCGAGCGGGAAGCUUAGACCCCCUUCAUCCUCCAGAACUGGUGAAAGAAAAUGGCUGAGGCUUAGACCCUAUCCUGCUCCUGUACAAUCCGUAGUAUGAGGAAUGUGCUUCUAUAUAAAAAACAGCCAGCGAGCAGAACUUUCAUAAUUCAAUCUCUCUUGACCACUAAUAGGACAGACAGAUCCACUGUGUGUUUUUUUUGUUUUUUUCCCUGGACACCCAUCAACUCUUCAUGGCAUGCAGCGCAUGAAAAGUUCUGCCCUGGAAUAUGUAGAAGUGAUACACUGCAGGAUUGCUCCUUGACAUUUUAUUUAUUGCAUGCAGCAUGUGAAUUCUGCAUACAGCAGCGCAUUUCAUGUGUCGAGGAAAUAUGGUGGCUCUAGAAGCCCGACACACAAUACCAGCUGUCUUAGAUACGUGGGCGGGACACCAUGGACGAUUAUGUGCCGUAUCUUGUCCUGUUUAUGUAGUUAAACGAUUUUUAUUUACAUUGUAUCAAUCUCAAUGGGAGGUAGAGAGUGGUGUGCACUCCCAGUCUGGAUGUGUGCGUAGUUCGCUCUGUUAUUGGCCUGUUAGGGAUACCCAUCAUGGCUCACUUGUUGGCAUCGGCCUGUACAGCAGCAAUCAAUGCCCCUUGUAUGGGGCCUGUCAUUAAAGGUGCACAGCACAAUGCCUUCUAUGGAGAUGGUAUGUUAAUAGCAGGAAAAUCUUUCUUUAAAACGUAAAAGAGGGCAUAUACAUUGACAACCGCAGGUUGUAUGUAAACACUUUUUCGCUAAUGCACUCUCUUAAAUCUGGGCACUGGAGAGCUGUUGGUGUGUCCCAUUCUCCUCCUGACGUGUUAUGGAAUCUAUGUGAAGUGUGGGGAGACUUUAUUGACUAUUCAAAGAGUUUCAUUUCUGAACCAGACACCAUCUUCUGGGACAGGCAGGGAUCAGGCCAUGGGGAGCCAGGCCAGCAUUUCAUAGUGCCCAGUCGGCUUUGGUUUGCUAAGGAUCAUGGGAAUUGAAGUGUGCAAACUAGCUUUGCUUUUUUAGGGUACAUUUUACCUCCCAGGUCCCACCAUCAUAUAAUGGGCUUCUCAGAGACUAAGUAUGCUGGCUAAGACAAAACAACUACUCCUGGAACAAAAUAAUAAUUUUUCUUUUUUUUAUAAUUUAUUUUUUUUCUUCACCGCUUUAAUUUAUUAAAUGUUUCUAGUGUCAAAAGCCCAUUGCAGGGAGAAAGCGCUUUGUGUGUGUGUGUAUGCAUAAUGUGGCAUUCUGGCUGUCGUGGGUGAACAUUCGCUGACAAUGGUCUGUUUGACUUUUUUUCUUUAUGUAAUCGGACUCCCCCAUGUGCCUGAAUUUAUUACAAUCCCCCCAGCCCUGCUUGAUAAAUCUCUAUCUGUAGUGUCUACACUGAACCCGAACACAAUGAAGGAAGGGGUGUUUGUUUUGUGUUAAGUACUUCUCAACAAACAAACUGACAUGAAGGGGUUAAUGAUGCCCACCCAUUGUAAGACCAUAGAAAUUGUGUAUUGAUUCCACUGAUCCCCUGAAAGGUGAAGACGCCUUGCGUGUCGCAAAGGUUCAUAUUUUUUUGAAAGUCCAGUGUGAUGAAAUGGACAUUUUAAUAAGGGGGAGAAUAAUUCUAGCCUGCGGGCAUGUGAUAUAAGACUUAAAAAAACUUCAUUUCUGUUGGUUUGUUUUUCAUUACUUAUCCUAAAAGCAGAGCUUCAGAAAUUUAAUUGUGCAGAGCAUGGGUAGGAUUUGGGAGAUUCUAACAUUGCAAGAAUAAGGUAUUGCUGUCCAAACUUGUGUUGUACCCCCUCCUCCCACUCAAUAUUGUUUAUAAACUUAUUGACUUUUUGAAAUGCUCUGAAACUAUCACUAAAAUAACAGUAUUAUAUAAUUUCUGUCUGUAAACCACUUGAAUGCCCUGUAUUGAAAUGAUCUAGAGCAGAGUUGUCUGAUUCUAUGUCCCACCCCAACCCAGUGCAGUUGGUCUGCGACUUCCAUAAUCCUCUGCCCAUUUAUUGCCAUCAAAGAAACAACUUCUGGGAUGGUCAGAGUCUGGGGGUAUUCUGUAUUAAGUGCGGUCCUAGGGCAGUGUUAAAAAUAUGGAGCUAUUGCCAUGGAAACCAAUGGAACGUUGCAGUUUCAGAAUGUUGUCUAUUAUCAAGAAUGCUCAUGUUACACAGUGGGUUAAGGCCGUGACAGGAUGAGCGUGAUAUGCGUGAUGGCACGUGAGGGGUUUCUAAAAGUGGGAGUCGUUGAGCGUUUUUUUAAAAAAAACGUCCCUCAGAGUUUCCACUACAUGUAUUAUGUUGGCCGAGUUACGGAAUAACACAGGAAGCAAAUAACAAUUGAGUGGAAGGGGAGGGUGAAUAUGACCCGGUGACAGAUACAGGGAGGGGACAAAGAAUAUCACAUGAGGACAAUUUGUUUAGAAACUUGGUGUAUACAGUACAUGCGAUUUCAAUUCUGGACGAAAAAACAAAUCCCAUUAUUUUAUUCCUCAUCAGAAAAACAGACUUUAAAAAUUACGGUCUAGUUUGCUGAAGACGAAGAAGAAAUGGUAGCAGGUUUGAGCUAUACAUCCUAACUGGACAGCUUUGCCUUUUCCGUUGGUAUAAAUUUACAAUUUGAUGGAUAUCUACAAUAGACGGUUCUUAUGUAUUUGAUUUACCUCUAAUUAAAUGUUGUUGUAUUUGCUGUCUAAAUAGGAGUCGCAGUACAGAAAUGCCAAGUUCUGAUAUCAAAUGUUGUUAAUUGACCGUAUAACGUAGCCUGUGUGUGUGUAUAGUAUAUCAUCAUAAAGAAGGUAUUUAAACCAAGUUUGUUUAUUUUAAUAUUUUUUUUUUUUUUUUUUGUGUUUCACAGGUUGACGCCACAAUAUAUCUACCCACCCGCCAUUGUCCAGCCAAGUGUGGUCAUUCCUACACCCAUACAGUCCCUCCAGAAUCCAUACAUUGAGUACAACGCUGCUUCCCAAGCUUACACCCACUACACCACCGCGGCCUAUGAACCGUAUCCGUACGCUGCAUCCCCUGCUGCAGGGUUUGUAGGCUAUGGAUACACGAACGCAGUCCAGCAACCUAUGUCUGCUACCACCACUGGAGCAACCCCUGCCACUUACAUACAAUAUCCAGCUCAGCAGCUGCAACUUGACCGUAUGCAGUAA